CCCGGAGGCCGCAGCGGAUCGCGGGAAUUUGGCGCCUAUUUUUUGUGGGUUGGGUGUUCUCGCCAGUGAUUGGGUCCCGGCUGCGGCUGCUCGGUCGACCUUGGCAGGACUCGGGCGGCUCGGUACUCGACCGGCCUCCCGGGGGAUGGGCCACCAGGAGCCCCCGCUGGCCCAGGUGCCGGCGGGAGGCUCGGCUUAUAUAAAGACGUUAUGUAAAGGGCUCAGCUGGCGCGAACACGUGGAGAGCCGCGGGAGCCUGGACGCCCGGUUCUCCCCCGCGAGCGCCGCUACCACCGCCCCUGAAGCUGCAGCGGGCUCCGUUGCACGCAGGGCCCAGGCCGCCGCCUCUCGCGCUACUCGGUGCGGGAGGCAGCCAAGGCCCGGAACGGACCAACCCCAGCCGAGGACCCCAAGGGGGAGACGGGCCGCCCGGAAGUGGAGGGGCGCCGGCCAGGUCACCAUCCAAGGUCCCGCUCCUCCGCGUCCCAGGGCCGGACGGAGGGAUGAGGCAGGGGGGGCCCGGGCAGCGCCGUUGCUGCUCCCCCCGCCGCCCGCAGCCAUGGAAACGGGGGAGGAGGACGGCGCCCGCAGAGGUACACAAAGCCCCGAGCGGAAAAGGCGAAGCCCAGUGCCGCGGGCGCCCAGCGCGAAGCUGAGGCCGGCGGCGGCCCAAGCUAUGGAUCCGGUGGCGGCCGAGGGCCCGGGCGAGGCCUGCCUGGCGCGGCGGCGGCCGGAGGGCGGCGGCGGGUCGGCGCGGCCGCGCUACAGCCUGUUGGCGGAGAUCGGGCGCGGCAGCUACGGCGUGGUUUACGAGGCGGUUGCCGGGCGCAGUGGGGCCCGGGUGGCGGUCAAGAAGAUCCGCUGCGACGCCCCCGAGAACGUGGAGCUGGCGCUGGCCGAAUUCUGGGCCUUGACCAGCCUCAAGCGGCGCCACCAGAACGUCGUGCAGUUUGAGGAGUGCGUCCUGCAGCGCAACGGGCUGGCCCAGCGCAUGAGCCACGGCAACAAGAGCUCACAGCUUUACCUACGGCUGGUGGAGACCUCGCUCAAAGGAGAAAGGAUCCUGGGUUAUGCCGAAGAGCCCUGCUAUCUCUGGUUUGUCAUGGAAUUCUGUGAAGGUGGAGACCUGAAUCAGUAUGUCCUGUCCCGGAGGCCAGACCCAGCAACCAACAAAAGCUUCAUGCUACAGCUCACGAGCGCCAUUGCCUUCCUGCACAAAAACCACAUUGUGCACAGGGACCUAAAGCCAGACAACAUCCUCAUCACGGAGCGCUCUGGCACCCCUGUCCUUAAGGUGGCAGACUUUGGACUAAGCAAGGUGUGUGCUGGGCUGGCCCCUCGAGGCAAAGAGGGCAAUCAAGACAACAAAAAUGUGAAUGUGAAUAAAUACUGGCUGUCCUCAGCCUGCGGCUCAGACUUCUACAUGGCCCCUGAAGUCUGGGAGGGACACUACACAGCCAAGGCUGACAUCUUUGCCCUGGGCAUUAUCAUCUGGGCAAUGAUAGAAAGAAUCACUUUCAUUGACUCUGAGACCAAGAAGGAGCUCCUGGGGACCUAUAUCAAACAAGGGACCGAAAUCGUCCCUGUUGGUGAGGCGCUGCUAGAAAACCCAAAGAUGGAGUUGCACAUCCCCCAGAAACGCAGGACUUCCAUGUCUGAGGGGAUCAAGCAGCUCUUGAAAGAUAUGUUAGCUGCUAACCCGCAGGACCGGCCUGAUGCCUUUGAACUUGAAACCAGAAUGGACCAGGUCACAUGUGCUGCUUAACAUUCAGGGCAAAGCAUCUUGGGUGUUUUUAAACUAGGUUGAUCCUCGGGACCCACAGUCUCAUCAUGUCUCGCACACAGGACGGCAGAGGGUACAGGUGGUGGCUUGGUCGGUUGGCGAUCUCCCGACAGCUGGAUCUCCGGCAAUGUGAAGCUUUUGGGUUUUCCUCCUCCUUUUAGUUUCACUUAAUUUUUUUAAUUUUCUUUUCUUUUUUGUCUUUUUCUUUUCUUUUCUUUUUUUAAUUUAAACGAUUAAGACUUCAGAAGAGCAGGAAGCUAUGCUGUGGACAGGCACCAAUUUCUUUAAAGAAAUUCAACAUGGACAAAGCAUACGUAUAAGUUUCCUUUCUAAUUUUUAUAAGGGGUUUGGGAGCUAUUUUGUUUUUGUCCUUUAUAUUUCCCUGUUGUCUUUCUUGUACCCAUCUCUCAGCUCUGCGUAUCACACCUCACUUCCCCAGAGAAGGCCUGCCUCUCCGGGGAGAAUUUUGGGAUUUCUCCUGGGAUGGGGGCAUUAAGACAGAAGGAGGCAUUGGGCCACCUCCCCACCAGAUGCAGGAACGGCCGGACUCUGGCGGCUGCUCCUGUCUAGCCCUGGGGCCUUGGAAAUGAUCAGAGGCAAAGAACACCUGGAAGAAGAAGGCCAGGGUUUGGCCAGGAGAACUUGAGAAAGAAGGUUUAACCUGUGGGCUUGUUUUCUUUGCGUCGUCGGAAGCCCCGGGCCACACCAGGCCUUAUAGUGGGGGGACUCCAUUCCCUCUUCUGCCCUUUCUGACCGGGAGCUCUGAGGAGGGACAGAAGGUGACCAUCUCCCACUUCCUGGCAGUUGAGCGGCCAGCGCCCCAGUUCUGCAAGCCCACCUUUCCAGAGGAAGUUCCCCAGGAAAAAACUGUCGUGCCAAACCUCUGCCCGGGACACAGCGGGGUCUUCCUCGGGCAUUUGUCACUCCUGUGAGGUCAGCACCCACCACCUACUGCCUCCUGGAUUGCCUUCCUCCCAGAUGUGUUCACCAAAUGUCCAGGUUAUCACAGAGACUGCCGAUGUCCCUGAGAUCCAGUUGUGACCAUUGCCAUAAGAACAGGGUGCCCUGAACUGGCCGCCACUGUCAUCUCCUGGCAGUGAAGGGUGUGCCCUGUAUGCUGGGCGCCAUGGUGUCACAUAUGGUGACAGUGUCAGGCACCAUCUCCCUCACUCCCAGGGACUUACUGUUAGGUGCCUACCCUCCAUGUAAAUGUGUCUGGUGGGAAAAGAGUGGACCUGCAGAGAGGUGACCAGGUGGACACCCCGCAGCCGCUAGGUGUCCAUCUGGGGCCUGGCCACUUUAAAGCUUCCCCACGUGACUCCUUCGACCUCACCGCCAGUGUGGAUCUAAGCACCUCUGUGUAACCGUGCUGACACUCCUUACUGAUGCUCUUGCAGCCGCCGCCCUCGCAGGCUUCUGAACCUGUCUGUUCUGUCCCCUUGCAAGGAGGGUGGGAGGCGCUAUUCCUGUGUUGUCCCUCUCACCAGGAAACAACUUUGGCUUCUCCAAAGGCUUUUCACCCGAUUAUGGCCGAGCAGGAAAGGGUCUUUGGGGAAGGAGAAAGGAAUUCCUCUUUUGUGUUUAAUUUUGUUUUUUGUUUUCUCUAAGCCAGCAUAGGUUCAAUAGGGGAGAUAGUUGGGGGGCAGUUAAGUUGAUGUGUGACCAAGGGGGACUUCCCCCUAAAAGCAGCAGUCCUUUGGCGCUGGCAGUUUGGGAGAGACCAGCACGGCAUCAGACCAGACUCGGCAAUAUGUUCACUCACGUUGUUUUCCCAACCCCUCAAAUACUAAGGCUACUCUUCCUCCUGGGCAGACGAUUGGCUGUGGUUGGCAGAUCCGGCAGGGCUGCAGGUGGUACCCAGGCCCCUCCCUUCCUUGGCUGAAAUCCUUGGUGAUCGCCUGUCUCUCGGCUCUUCUCUGACUUCCCAGGCGACCUCCUGAGUGUAGCCUGAGCCGCAGCUGGAGGCUUGGUUGAGCGGCAUCCCCUCAUUGCAGUGUGCCCUCCUUCUCGGCCCCACCACCCUGCUUCCCUGGGGGCGGCUGUCUCUGUACAGGAGCAGAUGGGAAAAACAGUCCCCGGACUCGGCACCCCCAGCUCUCCCUGGCUCCAGCCCAUGCUCUAAAGUCCCUAGUGAGGGCUCAAGCCUGACAAGUCAUUCACCUUUUGCUUAAUCUUUUUUCUGCCCUCCCUGGUCUCAGCUCUGUCUAAACAAGGUCUUGGAGCUGUAGUGCUCCCCUUUAUUUUUCUUGGCACCAGAGUACCCCCUGUGGGUCACAGGAUGCCCAUACCUUUCGGGUGAACAGGCAACCAGCUUCCAUGCACCCUUAUCUGCAGGACUCCCAGCCAUCCUUGCUUGUUGAUGGGACCUCCUUCCCUAGGUCAUGAGGGCCAGCUCGUUAGCCCCCAAGUGCCUCCUGUCCCUCUGCUGCUCUCUCCACUCAGUCCGCCUCAGGCACCCGGCCUGUUAGGUGGGAGUCAGCCUGGAGUGAGCGCUGCCUCUGUCCAGUCAGUGGCCCAGCCUUGGGGUCUGGCUCGGGGAGCUCCUGUCACCUUUCUUAGCCAUUUUCCACCUCUUCCCACCGUGGGUCCCCUUCCUCACCUCUUCCUGCCGUUUCACCCUCUCCACCUGGGUCUUGGGCCUGGCAGCAACCCUGUGGUGCGUCAUCUGAGUGCCACCAAGUUUGUUAGGCCUGUCCAAGUUCUAGGAGUUUCCAAACCUUAAAAUAGCAGUCAGUUAUUCUCUUCUCUCUGGAUCUGUGAAAAGGAUAGCCUCUUGGAGGGAGGUUCCGGGCCUCAGCCCCAUGGGUCUGAGCUCGGUUUCCCUUCAGGGAGAAGAAUCAGCAAGACAGAUCUUAGUGCCUUACUCCAUUGCCCUCCCCUCACCAGGCCACCUGGCUCAGUAGGAAGUACGCAGCUUUCUCCCUGUCUGGGUCCAUCUGUCACUUAAACUCUGUUCCCACUCACAGAUAGUCUAUGGGCAGGAUUACUCCCCCACAUGACCUCCCGACCCCUUCCUGCGGGCUGUGUCCAGGCACAUGUCUCCCCGCCCACCACCAGGGCACUCACUAGCAGCUUUAGCCGAGGACAGGAGAACUGUGCUUCAGACAGGUGCGCGUCUCUGCGUCUCACUACCCAGCAGGUCCCCUGCUUCUUACCUCUAGCCAGGAGGAUGCCACAGUCUGUUCACUCAAGAUGCUCCAUCUGACCCCCUUCUGGGCACUGGGGACUAAGGUCUCAGGCCUUAGUCUCAUCUCAUCCCAGAGGCAUUGGGACAGGAGAAUAGGAACUCUUUCCUCCCACCCGGACAUGGUUUGCCCACCUUGGCUGCCUUUCUGAGGGAGUGUAUUCAAUGUUUACUUAAGAAGUACCCUGUUUACAGCUGGAGGAGAAGUGUGCCCAACAGUGGGUGGAGCUCUGACUCUCUGGACAUGUAUGGCCUCAUGUAUGGCACGGCCAGUGGUGGUCCCAGAGCAAAUGAAGGCAGAGACGCCAGGGGCAGGGGUGCGCGCCCUGGACUUCCCUGCCCCCUGGCCCUGCGGUGCUAAGACCACUCACCACCUUUCUCACAGCCCUCGUCCCCCUGGACGUUCCCACCUCUGUCAUUCCCUUCCUCCAAGGUUCUCAGCUCCUGAACAUAUCACUUGUCUCCUAGAAAGCCAGCGUUUGGAGCAAUAAGAUGAUUAUUUUUGCUUGAGUCUUUUUCUAAGAAAAGGAAAAGAGCUGGCAUUAUGGGAAUCUUCUUUCUUUUUAUGCUGUUGGCUGUUUACCUUCUUAGAAGACAGAUCUUAAUAGGAUGGAUGCCUGGGUUUCAGCCUUGGGGUAUCUUUUGGAAGCUUGGGAAAGCAAGAGUUGGGCUUUCACCCCCUAAGGAGGGGACCCUCUCUGCCCUCUCCUUGCUCCAUGCCAAGGCUGCCUGAGCUCCCAGCCCUGCCUGCCAGGUACACCUCCCACCUUUGAUCCUGCUCAUGCACCCCACACACAGACAUCUGGGGGCACCGGUGGCUCUGAUUCUAAGUGGGGCUCUUGGGUUAUUGCUCCCCAAUGACUCUUUUCCCCUUCCUGGGCCUUAUGGCAGCCCCCAGGCAGAGAUGGCUACCAGAGUCUCCUAGGAACUGGCAACUUGACAACAGCCAAGCUUGCACUCAGCUCUUCAGGCCACCAGGCCCAGAGGGAGUGCCAUGGCCAUUCUCGCACACCAGGCUGAGGCACAGCGUUCGGGACAACACAAGCCCAUCUCUGAUCCUGCCUGCCUAGGUCUAGGGGCAGGGUCUCCUGUCUGGAGAGGCCCUCGGGGACACCAGGAGGUGUGCCAGGAAGGUGGGCUGAUGUGAGCGUCUGCAGCCCUCACCAAGAGACGAAUCCACUGCCGCGAGUUCCCCGGAGCUCCCCUAGGAUUGCAGGGGUUGACAGAAAGGAGACCCCAGCUUCUUAUUGCAUGAGAGGCCACAGGACGAAAGGGGUUUAUUUAGGGACACUUUAAAGAAAUCUUUUGUGCCCCAGGGGCCUCUCUGCAUCAGAGCAGGAGAGUAUGUUGCAACGAUUUAACAUUCGUGUGGGGCCAACUUGGGUGUGAGGGAGGUUUUAACCGAGGCACAAAGUUAGUUUCAAAUACUAGUUAAUAAAUCUAUUUUUCUUUAUUUUCUUUUUUUGCACAGAAGCUGGUAAUCUAGGACCUACGUGUGAACAACUUUAUAUGAAUAUUUUUUGUACUUGGUUUACUUGGGUUGGUAUGAUACAUUAUAUUUAAGUUCCUUGAACACUGUGGAUCCCCCUAAUGUGUAUGGAUGACUGAGGCUUUGUAAAUUAAGGGACGUUUGUGUGAAUAAAGUUAUUUUAUGGGGUCAAAGAAGCCAUAUGUGAUUUGAAAACG